CAAAAACCAAAAUACCAAAAAAAAAAAAAGGAAAAGAAAAGAAAAGAAAAAAGGCUUUUCCUUUAUGUAAUCGCUUGAUUUGUUAGAUCUCGAUGUUUUGCUCUUUCUAUUAUCGGGUUCUUUGUCUGCUAGCACAGAAAUUAUGGUUUUUCAUUUUCGCUUUUGUCUCAGCUGCCACUUCAAUCAGGAGCCAUAAUUGAGCUCGUUCGCGGAAUUUUUUUUUCAUUUUACUUUUGGCGAUUUUCUCACCAAAUUUUGCAUCUUCCGAAGGCAGGUUUUGGAUGGUUCUAACCUGUUGGUAAGGGGUUUGUGUGUGAUUACAAAGAGAUGAGUCACACAAAAAAUGAGAGGGAAGAUGGAAUGCUCUCUGAGGAUCAGGCAGAAUCGCCGUUGGCUGAUGAUGGUAACUGUGGAGGUGCAGGUGGGGGAGUUGUUAUGAAGAAAGGACCAUGGACAUCUGCUGAAGAUGCAAUUUUGAUUGAGUAUGUGAAGAAGCAUGGGGAAGGCAACUGGAAUGCUGUCCAGAAGCACUCUGGACUGUUUCGUUGUGGCAAAAGUUGCCGCUUAAGAUGGGCAAAUCACUUGAGGCCAAACUUGAAGAAAGGGGCAUUUACUCAAGAAGAAGAACAGCUGAUCAUUGAACUCCAUGCAAAGAUGGGAAAUAAAUGGGCUCGGAUGGCUGCACAUUUGCCUGGACGUACAGAUAAUGAGAUAAAAAAUUAUUGGAAUACCCGGAUUAAGAGACGUCAACGUGCAGGGUUGCCUCUGUAUCCUCCUGAAGUGUGCUUACAAGCACUGCAGGAGAGCCACAGCACCAGUGCAGUUAAUGGAGGAUAUAAAGGACCUCAAGAUAUCAUGCAGAACAACAGCUAUCAGAUACCUGAUGUCAUAUUUGACAGUUUAAAGGCCAAUCAGAGUGUCCUGCCUUAUGUCCCUGAACUUCCUGAUAUAUCCACUAGCAGCAUGCUGAUGAAAGGUCUAGGUUCUUCUCAAUAUUGUAGUUUCAUGCCACCAACAAUCCAUCGCCAAAAGCGUCUUCGAGAAUCUACAGCUUUUUUCCCUGGUUACACUGGUGCUGUUAAAAAUGAGUGCCCUUUGUUUGACCAGUUUCAAGAUGAUAUGUCAGACAAGGCUGCUCAAUCCUUUGGGGUGUCCUUUCAAAUUGAACCAGAUCCUACAGCUAAAAACUCAGAGUCCUUUGGUGUAUUCCCUGGUAGCCAUGCCCUUACAAAUGGCAAUUUCUCUGCUUCAGAGUCCUCUUUAGAGGCUGUGAAGUUGGAGCUCCCUUCACUCCAAUAUCCAGAAACUGAAUUAGGUAACUGGGGCACAAUAUCUUGCCCACCACCUUUACUUGAGUCUGUUGAUGCUUUUAUCCAGUCACCACCACCAACCAGCGGAGUGGAGUCAGAUAGUCUUUCACCCCAUAAUAGUGGCCUGCUGGAUGCUUUACUUCAUGAGGCAAAAACUCUAAGCAGUGCAAAGAAUCAUGCAUCUGACAAGAGUUCAAAUUCAUCAACUCCUGGUGAUAUAGCUGAAAGUUCCAAUUUCAACAUUUGUGAGACAGAAUGGGAAAACUGUGGGCAACCUCUUUCUCCAAUGGGUCAUUCAGCAACUUCUCUUUUCAGUGAGUGUAUCAGUGCAAGUGGCAGUUCAUUGGAUGAACAGCCACCUGCUGAAACCUUAACCGAGUCCCAUGUGAAAUCAGAAACAGCUGACCAUGUUUUCACCCCAGAGAUACAAAAGGAGGCUCCUAUUCGGCUGGACAGUACGCGCCCUGAUACUUUACUUGCUUCAAAUUGGCUUGAGCAGGGUUGUGUUUAUGAUAAGGACCAAACAAUCAUGAGUGAUGCAAUAGCAACCCUUCUUGGUGAUGAUUUGAGUAGCGAGUAUAAGAAUAUGGCAGCUGGAACAUCUAUUUCAAGUCAAGCAUGGGGCCUUGGUUCUUGUGCAUGGAAUAACAUGCCUGCUGUCUGUCAAAUGUCCGAACUCCCUUGAGAUCUGCUGUCUCAAUUGUAUGAACUUGUCUUAAGCUUUUUGUUUGUUGCAUUGAUUCCAUGAUUUGUUUUAUGUGGGUAGUCAAGCAAACCUGAUGUACCACAGUUCAUUUGGGAUGAGACUAUAAUAUGGUAUGAGUCAAGGAUGUUUGGUUUGUUGUUUUUUGAUGUUUUUCUUGUUGAACUGUUGAAAGCGUGUAUGCCAAAAUGGAACUAUGAGGUAUGCAAUUGCAUUCAAGCUGUUGUUAUAAUUUUAGAAUAACUAUGCACUUUUAGCA